UAUAAAUAGAUAGUGUUGCCCCUGACUCCGUUGUUGUCUCUAAGUUGACGAUUACCCGUUGAUUGCAACAAGAACUACGUUGUAACCUACGUCGCUUUACGAUGACCAACGUUGUGUCUACGUCGCUUUCCGAUGACCAACGUUGUGUCUACGUUGUACUAGUGCCGGUGACGCUCUCCCGUUGAUUGCCUCUCAACUGACUGGCUGACAGUAGUCAGGGGGACGCGCUGCGGAAGAGACACAAAUCUGAUGAUACACACACAAAGUGAACAUGGAGAAUUCAGAGAUCACGUUUUCCGAGCCAUCCCUUACAAGUGAUGUGGCGCUGGUAGUCGAGGGGAAAAAGCUACAUGUGAACAAAACUGUACUUUCACUUGCAUCUCAAGUCUUCGAAAGAAUGUUCUUUGGAGAAUUCAAAGAAAAAACGUUAUCAGAAGUGCCCCUACCCGGGAAGACAUACGCUGACAUGACAGAGCUGCUUCGAUGCAUCUACCCCUCCAUCUUCAACCCGCUCACAGAUGACAAUAUCGACGUACUACUUCCAUUGGCGGAGGAAUACGAUAUUACGUCGCUUAAAGUACGCUGUCGUACGUUUGUCACAACGUAUCUGAAACUGAACGUGAAAACUUUACCCAGGUCUAAGUUGGUACAUUUCAUGAAUAUAGCAGACAAGUAUGGCUUUGAUGAUGUGCUGAGGGAAUGCCUUGAUCAGGCUGUCUACGUAGAAUACAGUGACAACAAUGGGCUCCAACACCUGGAGGAAUUCAAAGAUCUUAACGACAAGACUGCUCUCGAGUUCUUUAAGCGGCGGUUGGUGUUGAUGGAGGGCCUUGUCAGUCCGAUGCUGGAAAGCUGCAUGACCGCUUCCGGGAAUCUCCAGGAAGACUUCCAGACUAUCAUCAACCGCAAAUGUAACGAGUUCAGCCACCGCCAUGCAAGGCACGAAUGUCGGGAAUGUAAGGCAGUGUGUUGCUCGCAAUGUCGGAAGUUAAACUCUGAAGCGAUGGAAGAUUUAACUCAUGCCAUCAAGAAUCUGCUGCCUGCUUUCAAAGAGUCUGCAUAG